ACAGCCAAUGAGAUGUGGGCAAAACGUGGGCACGUGGAUUAGCGCACAUGUUGACGCUCGUAAACUGUAGAGAGAAAGAGCCAGCAGCCGCACACAGCACACAACAGCCGCCCAGGCUGCGCGCUCCGAUGCUGCCCCAGACACGGAGGCUCUGCUCACGGAAUAGUCGCUUUUAAAACGUGAUUACGGACGUUUUCUGGAAGAGCCACAGAUUUAGAGUAAUGCAGACCCAGGGCAGCACAUCCUCCCAGCCCUCCUUUGACUCCUUCAGCUCUACUGACAGCCUCCUGUUCAGUGACUCGGAGCAUGCGGAGGACGAUUCGGACGUCUUCCUCACUGACACCUCCUCCUCAGUCAUCAUCAGCGGGACGGCUGGAGCGAUGCCCGAUGGAGACAGGGCAGUGGGGAGCCCCGUGUCUCAGUGGACUUGUGAUGACUUCAUGGAUAAAGAGGAAGAGGAGGAGGGGUACAGGUCAGAAAGCACCAGCAAAACGUCUAAAAUCAGUUUGGAGGGAGAAAGUGAACCAACAGGAAAGAACCCAAAGACUCAGGGAGAUUUGAUGUUUGCGCAGAAGUGUGCGGAGCUGCAGGGAUUCGUCAGGCCUCUGCUGGAGUUGCUGAAUGGACUGAAGAAGGGCAGAUUCGACCGUGGUCUGAGCAGUUUUCAGCAGAGCGUUGCCAUGGAUCGAAUACAGAGGAUUGUGGGAGUUUUGCAGAGACCAAACUGUGGAGAGAAGUACCUCAACACAUUGCUCCAGGUGGAAGUUAUGCUCAAACUUUGGUUUCCUCAGAUAGCGACAUUUCCGGUCUCAGCAGCCUCUAGUGUAGCCAACUCCCCUGCCCUCUCCCUCCAGGACACCGCUGGAUUCACACCUUCACACAGACACAAGGAUCAGUCACAUAUUCCUGUGAAGAAGCGCAGACUGAGCUGGACAGGAACAGACUCUCCCACACCCUCCCCUGUGCUCCUCAAGUCCCCCCGCACCGAAGAAGACAAAAGUAUUCAGCACAGAGAAAACCACUCUCCACCCGCAGCAUCGGAAACAAACCAAAACUCUACAGACUCUGCAGCUGAAAACACAGAGGAGCAAAGCAAACCAUCCAACUACAAGGGCCACAGCUUGGAGCCCAGCCUGACCUGGGUUCACAUCGCACCAAUACUGUCCCCCCGCAAGUCCACCUCCCCCAAAGCAGCGCAAAGCAACAACCAAUCAUUCGCUCCACCCAGCUCAUCACGCAAAAGAAAUAGCCCCGCGACACAAGAUAGCUCAGUCUCUUCCACAACAACCAGGAAGAACCAAAAGAGCACAACCAAGACUGCUUGGUGCCAAAGCCAGCCCAGUGCUGCACAAAUGAAUGACAAUGAAAAUGACCCCUCAAGGUCAAUGUCAAGACAUUGUCCCGAGAGUGUCCUGUCUCCUUAGAGAUCUGAGGAGGACCAUUAUCAAUGCCUUCACCAGAAACAAGCUGUGGUUUAAAAUGGAAGAGAUUGAGCCUAAUAAUGAUAAAAGGAGUGAAUAUAGAAAUAAAAUACAGCCUAAUACCAAUAAAACCACUAAAAACAGUAUUUCAAAUUGAAAGAUUGUUUAUAAGUAAUUGGUGUUGGGCAUUUUUACUGUUCCAAAUGCACAAUAUAAAAAGAAACUACUUUGAAAUGACUGAAAGGACAUAUUCCACAAGCGUUCGUGUUGAAACCAUUUUAGUUUUAGUACACGAAAUGACGUAAUGUGAUAAUCAAGAUAUGUCCAGUGAUAAUCAUCCAUACCAAGAAUAUGGAGAGGCAGAGCGUGAUAUGGAUCUACUGACUUGUAGAUAUACCACUAAGAAGAAGCGAAGUAGUGAACAAGUCUGCAAAAAGUAUGUAGCUCGUGACGUGAUCAGAACAGAGCGUUAUAUUUUUCAUGUGUAAAAAAAAAAAAAAAAACACCGAAAAAGACUGUGGAAAAUCGAUGUCGUCACCUCACGAAUGUAAUCCCUCGGCUGGCACAUCAGUGGGAAACCGUGACCAAGGACAGAGAGCUUUGGACCAGCAAGUUGUGUCGCAGAAACCCACUAAAAAGCUUUGAAAAACCAGCGUGAGGUUGAGAAAAACAAGGACCACCCCGAGCUAUACAGACAUUUCCACAGUUAAUUUAUUCAUGUGUUGUUCCGACUCUGCAUUUAUUUAUUCUAUGUAUUUAUUUAUUAGGCAGCUAAAUAUCACUGGCUGUGUGAUCGUAUAUAUAGUCUUGCCGUCAUCCUUUAGGUGAUAAGAUGGUGUCGAAGUUCUUUUUUUGUAAGUAAUAUGAGGUUAAAAAGAAUAGGAAAUCUUGAUGAUUGGACUACUGUGCCUUUACACCAAAUAGGAUGUGUUCAGUGCAUUCAUACUGCAUAUUGAUUGUUAAACUGUUUUUACAAUACCAGAUACAAUCACUUAUGAACGCCUACAUGUAGUCAUUUUUAUCAUUACAAACAACUGUAUUACAAGCGGUAUGCAGCUCUACUUUUUGACAGGCGAUGAAAAACUGCCUCGCAAUUUGUCUAUUUUGUGACUUCACUCUGUUUAGCCUUCCGACAGAGGUGUGCUGGUUGUAGAUUAGGUGGAGGCGGGUGGGGUUACUAAUAUCAGAAGAACAGAAGAAUGAGCUGAACUUAAAACGGCAGUGCUCUGGAAAACUUGAAAAAGCAUAAUAUAAUUUAUAAUUGUAAGGGAGGAUGUCUCUUUGCACCUGCUCUGCUGCUAUUCUUCUAAUUCCACUUCUGAAUUUAGAGAGUCUUUUUAUUUGGUUGGUAAUUUUUUACAGACAUAGCAGGGGUUUACAUAAAUUGCAAAAGUAUUGUAUAUAUUGAUAUUAAAGUAUUUUGAAAUUGUUAUAAGUUGUUCAUACAUAUAUGGGCGGACUCCAUGUUACUUUCUACAUUCGGAGUGUAUGGAGUGUACAAUCUUGCGGUUGACCGUCCCGCCCCGUCCUGUCUUCAGACGUAGCAAAGCGCAGUGCCAGACGCUGAUCCAAAACUAACUGCGGGGGUCUCUUCCACCCCACUAUAAUUUUUUUUUCACGGUGGUUGUAUGACAGGGAAGCCAAUUGCACUUAUUUUUUCAUUGUUUACGUCUUUUAUGUAUGUUUUUCUACUGCAGUGACGACUGAUGGUUGGUCAGUGUCAUUUGUUUUACAGCCUUGUUUUUAACAUUAUAAACCAGACUGUAGUUCCACCCCUCCCCCUCCAGUUCCAGUCUACCCUCACCUUCAGCUUCCUAAAUCCUGUUAGUAUCUGUUCAACUGCCACUCUCAUGCCACAUCUUUACAUAUAUCACUCUUCUGGAUACUUUUUCAAAACUAAUCUUUGAAUAAAACAAACAUUUUGGAAAUGAA